AUGGAAAAUUGCUGCAAGCACUCUCCACCCUGCCAUCUUCCCUGCCUGUUUGUCCUUGCACAGCUGCUCACGUGGGGGUCCACAGAGGAGUUCUUGGUGUUUGCUCCCUCUGACCCCAUUGUGGCAGCACCAGGUGGGGAAGCCAUACUGCCCUGCUCUGUGUCUCCAGCCAUGAAUGUGGAGAACAUGGAGGAGUUGAGGUGGUUCCGAAGGAGAUUCUCAGUAGCAGUGUUUGUCUAUCGGGACCAACAAGAGCAAAAGGAGGAGCAGGUGGCUGAGUAUUCAGGGCGGACCUCGUUGGUGAAGGACCAGUUCCACCAAGGCAAGGCUGCCUUGCGCAUCCACAAGGUCCAGGCUUCAGACAGUGGGGUAUACAUCUGCCACUUCCAACAGGGAGACUUCUAUGAAGAGGCCAUCUUGGAACUGAAGGUGUCAGCGACGGGUUCUGUCCCUGAGGUGCACAUCAAAGGUCCACAAGAUGGUGGCGUGUGUGUUUUCCCGAAGCCCCGGGUGCAGUGCAGAGACUCCAGAGGGGAAAAUCUCCCAGCAUCCUCUGAGACUCAUACUGAAGAUGCUGAAGGGCUGUUCAGCAUGGAGACCUCGCUGGUGGUGACAGACAGCUCUUUGGGGAAUGUGACCUGCUCUGUCUUCAAUCCCACCCUGGGCCAGGAGAAGGCCAUGGCCACGGUCAUCCCAGAGCCCUUCUUCCCUCAGGACUCCCCAUGGAUGACAGCUUCUGUUGUGAGCCUGGCCAUGUUGGCACUUGUAGUCUUAGGGACAAGCUAUUAUCUCAAAAGAGAGCAUUCUGCAAGGCUGCAGGUGCAGCAGGAACGACAGAAUCUUCAGCGUGAGAAGGAGGAGAUCCAGAAGACAAAGGAGGCUGCGUUGAGGACCACCAGCACACUCCAGGCAGAGCUUGAUUGGAGGAAGUGUGCUUACAGGGCUGCCUGGAGGAAGACCCAGCUGUAUGCAGACUGGCGCAAGGAGUUCUUCCAGGCCUGGCCUGUCACUCUGGAUCCAGACGCUGCCCACCCCAUCCUUGCUGUCUCCCAGGACAGGAUGAGUGUGGCCCUGAAGGACCCCACUCCAUGCUUGGACGGCCUCUGUGUGUUAGGCAGGGAAGGCAUCUCCUCUGGGAGACAUUACUGGGAGGUGGAGAUACAGAAUGGAGACAGGAGCAGGAGGACUGGGGUCUGUAGGGGAGGUGUGGAGACGAAAGGCUGGUGCUUUGAGAGACCAGAGAAGGGGUUUUGGACUUUGGGUAAGUCUUUUAGUGGCUAUUGGGCCUACAUUGACACUGGGAGGGCUUCAUUGUCCCUUAGGGAAGCUCCCCAGAGUGGGGUGUUUGUGGACUACAGCGAGGGUGACAUCUCCUUCUACAACAUGAGUAACAUGUCCCACAUUUUCUCCUUCCAUGAAGCUUCCUUCUUGGGGACUCUUUUUCCAUACUUCAAGAUUAAGUCUGGAAAUGUUUCAGUGACACUCAGCUCCAUAGCAAGUGUUUCUAAGGGGAAUGAGGGAGAGGUAGGUGAGGAGAUGAAGGAAGAGAGGGAAGAGGUUGUUAUUUUUUCUUCCUUUGAAGGAGUCUCUGGAUCCCCUGGGAAGGGUUUCUGUCCAGGCUCUUGUAUUGUGGACUAUGUUCCAGGGGAAGAAUCUCCUUUCCUCCCUCACCCUGGUGACACCUUGUUCCCUCAGUGUGGAUCACUGCCUGGAAAUUGUCAGGUGGAUAUUUGUUCGGUUGAGGUCAGCAGGUUAUACAGAGCAAGUGACAGGAUAGUCAGAGCUACCCAAAGAAUCCCUGCCUUAAAACACCAAAGCCAAGAAAAAGAUGUAGAACUCUCAGCUCCUUCUCUAUCAUCUGCAUGCUGACAUGCUUGAUGUCCUAAGAAUAGUGGACUAAACCUCUGAAACUGUAAGCCAGCCCAGAUUAAAUGUUUCCUUUUAUCAGA